AUGGUGCAGUCCUCGCUCCCUUUCUCUUGCAGGCACCCCCUCUUCCCCCUCUUAGCACUGAUUUUCGAGAAAUGUGAACUGGCGACGUGUACCCCUCGGGAGCCCGGGGUGGCGGGGGGCGACGUCUGCUCCUCCGAGUCCUUCAACGAGGACAUCGCCGUCUUCGCCAAACAGAUCCGAGCGGAGAAGCCUUUAUUUUCCUCGAAUCCCGAACUGGAUAACUUGAUGAUCCAAGCCAUACAAGUAUUAAGGUUUCAUCUGCUGGAAUUAGAAAAGGUACACGAACUGUGCGACAAUUUCUGCCACCGGUAUAUUAGCUGCUUGAAAGGGAAGAUGCCCAUCGAUUUGGUGAUCGACGACAGGGAAGGCGGAUCCAAGUCGGACAGCGAAGACAUCACCAGAUCGGCGAAUCUAACAGAUCAGAUCAGACAAAACCCUGUGAUUGAGAAACCUGUGUGGAUCUGUUGGACACCAGUCAUGGUGUUCUGGUGUGGUCAUCGGCCCCCCAAGCCAGAGGUGCCAUUGGAAGCCAGCGGGGCUAUCAAUAAGGCCAUUUUUGAUGGAAAGAAAACGUGGUCUGUGGUGGCACGGUGCUACUGUCUUUUUGGCUAA